CCCACCUGGCGAUAAAUAUAAGGGGGUUUCCUCAGUGGUGCAGUUGCAGAAUGACCACCUGCGUUCGAUCGACGUUUGAAUUCUCAAUGUCCCAUUUGAAAUGCGAGCAACAAAAAAAAGAAUAUUGAGAGAUUGUUGUAAUGGACAGUUGAUAAUGCAGGAAUCGAUAUGCCCAACUCAUAAUAAUGGAAAACAUGUAUAUUAUCAGAAAAAAAUUACGGAUUUAUUAUGCGAAUUAUGUGUUCGAUAAAAAAUCCCAAAGUGGAAUUUCACAUAUUUUUCAAUUUUUCCCGAAUUUUACUCAACUCCAAAAAUAAUGAAAUUCGCGAAUGCGACAAAGUCAAUGUGAACCUGCCCUGAGCUUGUGGCGCCCCUCAGAGCACGUGUCCGGCAUUUUCAUUGUCAUAAUUCAAAGCCAUUCAAAAAUUAUUGUGAAGUGAAUAAUUUUCUGUCUUUAAACAUUAAUUAAUUAAAUAUUCCGUCGACUGAUGAUGGAUAAGAACGAAUACCUGACGAAUCCCAACACCAAUGCCGAUAUUUAUCGGAAUAUGACACCUGGGGAUCGCGUGCCGGUACCUGAUAAACAUCUGCAGUUUAUUGAAGUUUACAAUGAUGAAAAGGCUAUCCUUGGAGGUGCCAACCUGACAGAUCGCUACUGGAACGGAACUGUUUGGUAUUUCGAUGAGACAGAAGUACUCGACAGAAACAACAGCUUCACAGCAACAAGAACCACCAGCACUGUGAGUGAUGCUGCCUUCCUCGAGGGGCACACAUUUAUUCUGGCUGAGGAUGGAGGUGUCAUUCAGAUUCUAAAUGUCGUUGAACCUCCUGAGAGCUGGGUUGUAGGGCUGCAGAGUAUGGGACAUACCUGUCAGCACGAUGACAGUGUCACUUCACUCUCUGUUUUCGAUAACAAGAGUCAUUUUGUCAGCGGGGGAGUGGAUCGUUGUCUGAAAGUCUGGGAAGUAUCGUCAAUGUUGGCUGUACACUCCUACCAAACAGCUCACAUCGCCAUAAUAACUAGUGUGGACGUCCUCUCCAAGAGUGACUCAUCCUUCGUGUCGACUUCUUUAGAUUCUGAAGCUGUUAUAUGGGAUGUGAGAAUACCCAAGCCUGCUCGUAGACUCUACAAAAUUGAUGAUGGGGUUGGAUUGACAGCAGUUGCCUGCAAUCCAACCAACGAACAUGAAGUGGCGAUGGGAGGUCAGGAUGGUUACGUAUUAUUAGUGGACGUACGCAAGCCUGAACAACUAGUCCACAAGUCUCUCGAGUUUCCACGACCCAUUCACAGAUUGAAAUACCAUCCAAGAAGAAAUUGGUUAGCUGGAUGUUGCAAUGACACAACAGUCAAAGUGCUGGACACAUCCCAACACCUCUCUCUUCUCCUGGAGAACAAUUCACACACUGAUUUCGUUCGAGGCCUGGCCUGGACCAAGGACGAACUCCUCACCUGUGGAUGGGACAGUACCAUCCAGAGACACAGUCUAACCCUUAAAAACUAGUGAAACACUUCCACGAACACCGCAGAAUUAUUUUUUUCAUCGUUUACCCAGUAAUUGUACAAUUGCGCGACUUAGACACCAAUCAAUUGUGUUAUUACCAUCAUUCCAUAUUUAGUUACAAUAGUUUAAAAGAAAUAGAUGAAUUAAAUAAAAAAUUAACAUUUGUUAUGAUUUAGAGAUUAACAAAUACGUCUUUAAAUAAUAAAAAAUCGUUUCUUCUA